AUGGCUUCCAAUAAGGCACUUGCAUCAACUGCCAUUCUCCUGACCCUCAACCUUCUCUUCUUCACUAUGGUCUCUUCCCAAUGCCUAAUACCUCCACCACCACCACCAAAGUCAUCGUCACCUAAGCCAAGCCCUAAGCCCACACCACCAUCACCUAAGCCAAGCCCUAAGCCUGCAGGUAAGGGAAGUUGCCCAAAGGACACCUUAAAGUUUGGUGUUUGUGCCAAUGUGCUGAAGAACUUGGUCAACAUAGUAUUUGGAAAACCACCCAAGACCCCUUGCUGCAGUCUCAUCAAGGGUCUGGUUGAUCUUGAGGCUGCUGUUUGCCUUUGCACUGCCCUCAAGGCUAACAUCUUGGGCCUUAACCUCAAUGUCCCAGUUUCCUUGACCUUGCUAUUGAACUACUGUGGAAAGAAGGUCCCAUCCGGCUUCCAGUGUGCCUAG